UAGAAAUUUAAAAUGAAAUUCAAUAUUGAAUCGACAACUUCGUACAAUAGUAUUCACCCAGCUUAUCAGUACACAGAGCAAUUUGAUAAUAAUGUGCAGACGUACAGAGAAGGUACCAAGUGGUUUGGAAUAUUUUUGGCGUUCAUAUCCGGUGCAUUUUUUACGAUAAGCUCUGGCCUCGUCAAAGCCAUCAGAAAUGUAGAUCCAAUGGUGCUCCUGGGUAUAAGAGCAAUAUUGCAAAUUGUUGUGAUGCUAGGGGUGGCUAUCAGACACGGAAAAAAUAUAUCUGGACCAAAAGGAUCGAGAAUGUUAAUUCACUUUCAGGGAAUUGUUGGAGGGAUGACUCUCGCUCUUUUGUACUACAGCUUCCGGAAAUUACCCCUGGGGGAUGCGACAACAAUAAUUUUCAGUUCUCCAGUGAUCGUAAUUGCCCUGUCAUUUUUAUUUUUGAAAGAACCCUGUGGAGUUCUCAGGGUCGUCGUCAUCUGCACGCUCUUCGCUGGAGUUGUCCUGGUGUCCAGACCCCCAUUUAUAUUCGAGAGACACAACCAAUCGUACGACGUGAUGGGGUACGUCUGUGCCCUCCUGGCCACAUUCUUCACCGCCCUGAACAUCGUGGUGAUGAGAAAAUGUGCAGAGGUUCACUUUGCAGUUCUCGUCCUGAAUCUCUCAUGCUGGAUCCUGAUGUCAGCUAUUUUCUUCUUCUUCAUCGUCUCCGAGGCUCACCACCACAUCAGAGCAUUCCCCAGUGACUGGCAGACCUGGGGACUAAUAGGAUUAGUCGCAGGUACAGGCUUGAGCGGUCAAGUACUCGUCACAAAAGCCCUGAAGAUCGAAGGAGCUGGAAAAGUAUCAGUGACACGAUCCCUCGACAUCAUCCUGGCAUACGUCAUCCAGGUCUACAUUUUCGGUGAAAUACCCAACUCCACCAGCAUAAUCGGUGCUGUUCUCAUCCUCAUGUCCAUCAUGGCGAUGGGAUUUGAGAAGGAAAUUUAUGGAGUCUGCGACUUUAUACCCUAGUGCAGGAAAUUUUAGGAAACUAGUCGUCUGUCGAAAUGCAAACGCCUAGAAUAAAACGCAACUAACUGACCAUUAAAUUAUCAAACAAUUAAUGCUGAAGUUAAAACAGUAAAAAAUCAUGAGGAGAGAAUCCCCUUUUGAAAUCCGAUUACACUCGUGACGUUAAAAUCAUUAUGAUAAUGCGAAAGAGCUCUGAUGUAUCCAUUAAUUAAUCAUUUAUUCAAAGAAAAAUACAACUACGAUUAACAGUAAAUUGCGUCACCAUACCAUAUCCAAUAAAAUAUGUACAAUUUA